UUGACUUAGCAAACUACUUGAAAUGUAAAAAUGUUCGAGCGGCAACUGGAAAGUAAAACUUGCAGCAACUUUGAAGGCACACUUUAUCGCAAUCGCAGCAACGGCAGCGUUUAUACCUCUUCGGGAGCUGAGCCCCAAGCGCUUGCGCAAUCGCCACACGCAUCAGAAACGCCUCAGCGGCAGUCUGGACCAGAUUGAGGAUAUGGGCGAUGUGUCUGGUGGCAGUUCCUGUAAUACAGCGGGCAGCGGUUGCAACGAAGCUGGCGGCGACUUAAACAGCAUGAAAUGCGGCGCCAAUAGCGAUAGCUUUAUGGGCCACCCCAGUCCCAAGCAGACCGCCACGAACAUAGCCCAAAAGGCCGCGCACGAGGCGGAGCAGGCCUACGGCACACAGCAGUCCGCCGCGGCGGAGGUGUCGCACAUGGUUAAGAAACAGCUGGCGGAUAGGGCAUAUGCCGCUGCCAAGGCGGCCGAAGCGGCGCUUUCGGGCAAGCAACAGAUUGUCGAGCAGCUGGAGGCGGAGAUAAGCGAUGCUGAGUCGGUCAUGCAGCAGGCGACAGACUCAAUUGCCAGCUCUCAGAAUAAUCUGCAUGCAGCUCACAAUUCGGCCAAAAAGGCGCAUCAGCUAUUUCUGGCCAUGGAGGCUAUCAUGAAGCUUGCCAAGGAAAAUCUGUGCCAAGCCAAAAACGCGGCCACCGGUGCCCAGCAGGAGUUCGACGAUAAGGCGCAGCUCAUGGAAACGGCGCAGUGUCGCAUCGACACGCUCAAGAAGCGGCUUUGCGAGUCCCGCAGAGAUCUGCAAAAUAUCAAAAAGUCUGCCUACAAAGCGGUCUGUGCCGCUGCCGAGGCACGCAAAAAGGCCUCCAGAGAACGGCGCACGGCAGUCCGAAGGGGUCGCAGAAAACGACGAAUACAACACGAAGAGGCAGUUGCAUCUCAGUGAAAGCAUUUCAUUUUAUUUCUAUUUUCUAAUGACACGCGUCUUAAAUAAAAC